AAACCAAACCGGUCGCACGGCUACCCAUGUGUAGUCUGUUAUCAUCAUACUGACACGGUAGCCUUAAAAAUACUCAUUUUUUUCAUUAAUUUAAUUAUACCAGUAACCUAAAAUGGGCUCCACUACAAACGGCAAAAGGGACGAAGACUGUUUAUUCCUGGAGCAUGUUUUGGAUAAGCUUUAUGACUUUGGAGCAGCACCAAAAAGGAAAUCUCAGAAGAAGAAAAAACGAAAAAGAUGUGAAGAAGAGGAGGAAGAAGAGGGAGAUAUCUGCAGUAAUACUGAAGACCACAGAGAAGAACAUGACGGGACUGAACACCAGCAACCAAAAAGUGAGCAAACAGGUCCAACCAAUCAGCAGAAGAACCAGGUGGAAGUUGUCACAUUUCAAGACCCCACAAAGAAACUCAAAACUAAGCUGACGCCAGCCUCUAAUAAAAUCUCUGCCCUUCAGAUAACAGAGAAGAAGCAAAGCGACCAACCAGAAGAACUCAGUUUGGAAAAGGCUCGUCUGGAGGUUCAUCGGUUUGGAAUCACAGGCUAUAAGAAGGAGCAGCAGCGAGUUUUUGAACAGGACAGAGCAGUCAUGCUUGGAGCCCGACCUCCUAAGAAGGACUAUGUCAACUACAAGGUGCUUCAACAGCAAAUCAAAGAGAAAAAGCAGAAAGCAAAGGAAGAGGUUCAGCCGGACUUGCAGAAAAAGAAGAAGCAGAAUAAUCAGAGAGACAAAAAGAAGAAGGUGCCCUCUGGUUCUGGCUCAGCCCUGUCCGGUCAGGUGGGCCGCUUCAAGAAUGGCAUGCUGAUCCUCAGCUCCAAGGAAAUCCAGAAAAUCAAAGGCAACAAGAGAGGAAAAUAGGUGACAGAUUAAAUCCAACAGAUUGGAGAACAUCAGCAGACCAGAGUGACUCAGCUUACUGCGGCGUGGUUCACAGCCAAAAGACGAGGAAAUGGACAAACUGCUGCUUUCCUGAUGAUAUGUCAGAGGUCCGCAGUGAAAGAUGGGAUGGUGUUACUAGUGGCUGCUGAGUCAGAAAUCCAAUUUAUCGAUCAUCCGAAUGGUCCCUGAAGGUGCAGCGUGGUGGGCCGGUAACGCACAAGACUGAAGACUGUCAGAUCUAUUCCAUCACAGUUAAUUUAUUUUUGUUUUUAUAAAUGACCAAAAAAGGAGACAUUUGCGUUUUGUUGUGUUUUACACUCUGAAGUUUUCAAAAUUAUGCAGGUACGAUGCAUUUCUCAUAUACAAACAAUGUAGUCGUACAAAACUUUUACAUUGGCAAGAAGGGAUGAGAUCAUAGCGAGACAGAUGGGGGGAAUUAAACAAAAAAAGUACACACAACUAAAGACUUGGCAGAAGUUUUCAUGAAGAAACACACAUAUGAACACUCUGAGAAAGUAGAAAGCAGAACGAUCUUCACAUUUUUUUCUGUAUAAACUCUAAUUUACACAGCUUCUCAACAACACCAAGAAGCUGCGUCCUAGAUGUAAACAUUGCGAAGUCUUCACAGAAAAGAAAUGUUCCCGUUUCUGUUAAAGGGCAAACAUGAACGUUGACAGAUUUUGCGAGACGACGAUGAAACGGUCUGGCAGUGUGCGGCUGGGUGAGGUCACAAAUUCUCACGCCGUUUUCUUAAAGCAGCUUAUUGUGUUAUUUACAUGUUUCAAAAAGAAGAGCAUGAGGAAAUAUGAAGCUUAUCUGCAGCACAUCGCACAUAUUUCAAGCUGUAAGCAUAUCGUUUUGUUUUGAGGUGUUUUUGUAGACGGCAAACCUUUUUUUUUUUUUUUAAACCUGCAAACCGUGACCACAGACUGUAUAUAUUAUCAGUAGCCAUUCAACUUUUAUACUGAACAAAUCGCAGAGGGCAAUAUACAAAAGAAAUAAAUAUAUCUACAUAGUUUAUAGAGUAAAUAAAUUCAUUUUUCCUCUGCUGUUUUUUUCCUUAAAAUUAAAUAGCAAACAACAGCAGUGACAUGCUUUUUUCCCAGCACCAUAUCUUGACGUUAAAUUAAUAAAAUAUGUCACAUUCAUGGGUGGGUAAGUGUGGGGUAAAGGGUCAUGCCAUACAAGCACUCUUACAAAACCACAUCUAGACAGGAGUGACUGCAACGUGACUCAUUUUCAGUGCGACUUUUGUUUGUAUCUGUCGCAAAGUGUUAAUUCUAAAGUAUUUUUAGAGAGGAAAAGAAAAGAUGUAACCCAGUUUUACCUGAUACCGUCUGACUUCCUAAACCUUUGCGACACUGUGAAUCUCAGCGCCUCACUAAAAGCUUUUACUCCCUCCAGUCACAAUUUCCUCAGUGGCAUUUUGACAUCAGCACAGCCCGCAGACAUGUAACCCCAAAUCAUUCUGACUUUCAGAAGGGAAGAAAAUAUCGGUUCCCCUGGUUACGUGAUAGAUGUUGGAGUCUGCUCAUUGGCCUGAAAUCUAUUCCUGGUUAUAGCAAAGUCAACCUCAGGGCAGGGUUCUCUUCUGAUUUGCGAGGUGGGAGAACGGUCAGAGCAAAGCAGCCAGAAAGCCGUCGUUGAUGCAAAUGUAGCCCUUAGGUGGAAGCUGGCACACCAGGAAAAAAAAUCCCCUUUGGCAGAUAGGUAGAUGUUUGCUUCCUGGGUCUGAGGAAAGCGGUUUAAACUUUGACUUUUACAUAAAUGUUGCAUUGGUGUCAUACAGGAGAGAUGUUAAAUGUAAAUGCUAGUGGAAAGCAUUGCCUGACAAAACUUGGUAGAUCUUAUACAACUGAAAUGUAAAUAAAAUCAUUUUUAUUAAG